UUACAGUUGAUAGGCCCAAAGAAACUAAUGCUGGAAGGCAUUCAUCGUGUAACAAUCUUCCAGAUUAUAUACUCGAUGUAAACAAAGCCAUUUCCAAAAUUAAUUGCAACAUCAAAUCGAAUUGGUUUAGCCAGAUACUUGAGUACAAUGUGAAGAAGGACAAACAUCAGUGUCUCCAAAAUACUUUCUCCGCAUAUGGCUCAUUAAUGAAAUGGAAGAAUCAAACACCCGACUUGAAAUCAGUGGAAAUUUUGGGUUGGUGUGUUGAAUUAUUAUAUUCGGCCGUUUCAAUCUAUUUCGAUAUUAUCGAGGACAAUGGAUGGAGACAAGGAAAAACGUGUUGGCAUAAAUUGAAUAAAGUUGGCAUCAUUGGUCUUAAUGAUGCUAUAAUAUUGGAAAAUUCUAUAUAUUUUCUAAUGCAUAAAUAUUUUAAGAAUUCAUCCAACUAUGUACCAUUAAUGCAGAUAUUUCAUGAUGCGGCCCUUAAGAGUGCCUGUGUUCAGAGCACAACUCUCCUGUCUUGCAAGCAACCAGUUACAAGUUUCUCAAUGGAAAUGUAUAAAAUGAUUGCAAAUGCAAAAACUGCGAAUUAUUUAUUUGAAUUGCCGUUCAGGCUAGCAAUGCAAAUGGCGGGUAUAAAUAUCCAGGAUGCGUCUCACCUAUAUACCAUUAUAUUGCAUGAAAUGGGUCAUCUUUAUCAAGUGCAAGAUGAUUUCUUAAAUUUAUAUGGAUGUUCGGAAAAAUAUGCCAAAAAUGGAUCUGACAUAGCCAGAAAUAAAUGUACCUGGUUUGCCGUUGAAUUUAUGCGUCGAGCAAAUAAGGAACAAAAACUAACAAUGCAAAGAUGCUAUGGAAAUAAAGAUCCCCAAAUGAUACAGUGUGUCAAAGAUUUAUAUGCCAAUAUGGAACUUGAUGCUGCUUUCAGAUUAUUUGAAGAGGAAAAAUAUGAUAUAAUUGAAGCGUACAUACAUCAAUUAAGCGAAUUACCUAAAGAUAUAUUUUUACAGAAUUUAAAAGAUAUUUAUUUAAGAACACGAUAA